AUGAAACGAGGAAGGACAGGUCUCAAAUCAAAGUGCCAGCGCUUCUCCUCUCAGGAGGGGAGGGCUCAAAGACAGAAGCGAAGGACAUCCAGCUCUGCCCCGUCUUCAGCAGAGGACUGGGGAAACCUGCCCCACUACGUCGUCUUGCAGAUCUUCCAGCAUCUGUCCCUCGUUGACCGGGCCAGGGCCUCGUCGGUGUGUCGCUGCUGGAAUGACGUCUUUCACAGCCCUGAUCUGUGGAGGAGGUUUGAGUUUGAGCUCAAUCAGCCGGCCACGUCUUACCUGCGCUCCACUCACCCUGACCUCAUUCAGCAGAUCAUUAAGAAGCAUGCCCAGCACCUGCAGUACGUCAGCUUCAAGGUGGACAGCUGCACAGAAUCUGCAGAGGCGGCCUGUGACAUUCUCUCCCAGCUGGUGAACUGUGCCAUUAAGACCCUGGGGUUGAUUUCCACAGCACGGCCCAGCUUCAUGGAUAUAUCUCAGGCUCACUUUGUGUCUGCACUGACGGUGGUGUUUGUCAACUCCAAGUCCCUGUCCUCUAUCAAGAUUGAUGACACGCCCGUGGACGACCCAUCCCUGAAGGUGCUGGUUGCCAACAACAGCAACACCCUAAAGUUGCUGAAGAUGAGCAGUUGUCCUCAUGUCUCCCCAGCAGGUAUCCUGUGUGUAGCAGACCAGUGCCAUGGACUCAGGGAGCUGGCGUUGAACUACCAUCUCCUGAGUGACGAGCUCCUUCUGGCCCUCUCCUCUGAAAAACACGUCCACUUGGAGCACCUGCGCAUUGACGUGGUGAGCGAGAACCCCGGGCAGACGCAUUUUCACACCAUCAAAAGAAGCAGCUGGGAGGCCUUGGUUCGACACUCACCCAAGGUCAACAUCGUCAUGUACUUCUUCCUCAAUGAUGAGGAGUUUGAGCCAUUCUUCCAUGAGGAAACUCCCGUCACCCACCUGUACUUUGGCCGGACAGUAAGCAAAGAGAUGCUGGGCCGCAUCGGACUGAACUGCCCACGGCUGGUGGAGCUCGUGGUGUGCGCCAACGGCCUGGAGCCCCUGGACGAGGAGCUGAUCCGCAUCGCCGAACGCUGCAAAAGCUUGACUGCCAUCGGGCUAGGCGAGUGUGAAGUGACCUGCAGCGGCUUUGUGGAGUUUGUCAAGAUGUGCGGGGGCAGGCUGACUCAGCUGUCAAUCAUGGAGGAGGUGUUGAUCCCGGACAGCAGCUACAACAUGGAGCAGAUCCACAGUGAGGUGUCCAAGCACCUGGGCCGCCUGUGGUGCCCUGAUAUGAUGCCCACCUGGUAG